AUGUUUCGAAACAGUUUUAUUUUACUCGCGUUACUUUUCCUAGCCGCAAGAAGCGAGCUAGUUCGAUAUGAUAAUUAUCAUCUCUAUCGAGUGGAGAUUGCGACCCAAGAGCAAUUAACUGUGUUGCAGCAAGUGGAGCUUUACGGAAAUGGAUAUCUCUUUCUCGAUUCUCCCGUGCAAAGUCGCAUGAAUCUAAGCAUUCUAGUGCCACCUCACAAAUUGGAUGACUACCGACAGCUGGAGAGAAAUUUACACCUUAGAUCCCGACUAGCUACGCCCAACUUUCAAUCCAUCAUCGACGCGGAAAAUGUUCCCCGCAAGGCGAAACGUAGCGAGGGUUUCGGAUGGGAAGAAUAUCAGUCUUUGGAGGCCAUUUACGAAUGGCUCGACGAAUUGGCCGCUCAAUAUCCAUCGGUGCUAUCCGUCGAAAGCAUUGGCCGCACGUACGAAGGUCGUGAGAUGAAACUGGUUAAGCUGUCUCAACAACCCGGCAAUCCGGGAAUCUUUCUCGAGGCCAAUAUUCAUGCCCGUGAAUGGAUCACCUCGGCAACCGUCACUUGGCUGCUGAACGAGCUGCUUACAUCACAGGACCCGGCGGUGCAGGAGUUGGCAGUCAACUACGACUGGUACAUACUCCCCGUCGCCAAUCCGGACGGUUUUCAUUACACCAAGACGACCAAUCGUUUGUGGCGUAAGAACCGUUACCCACAUACCGUCCUAUGCGCUGGGGUCGAUCUGAACCGGAACUUCCCUUACCACUGGAUGGAAGGCGGAGCAUCCGCAGUGGCCUGUAACGAUAUUUUCGCCGGACCGGAACCUGCCUCGGAGAUUGAGACAAAGAAUACGAUCGCGUACUACGAAACGAUCGUCGAUCGAAUUGAGCUGCACCUGCAGUUCCAUUCGUAUGGUCAGUACAUUCUUCUACCGUACGGCUACCAGGAUGCUGACUAUCCGGACAACUAUUCUGACCAGAUGGAUAUAGCUGAGGCGGCCGCAUCCGGUUUUGCCACGCGCUACAACACACGGUACACGUUUGGAACGAUCGCAGAUGUGUUGUAUGUCGACUCUGGCUCUACUACUGAUUGGUCUCACGGUUAUCACAAAACCCCACUCUCGAUGUGCUUCGAGUUUCGCGAUAAUGGCCCGUACGGGUUCGUCCUACCAGCCGACCAGAUUAUACCGAACGCUGAAGAGACCCUCGAUGCAAUGAUAGCGAUGCUGGCUAAGGCCAAAACAAUGGGUUAUUUCAACCGAACCUGAACGGCGCAUAGAUUCUGGAUGCCGAUCAAUCAUCCUAUUGAACG